CCGCACAUCACUACCCGGCCAUUAACCUACGUUAGCUAACAUUAGCUCAAGAUGCAAUCCGUGUUCAGUCCGCCGCUUCACAGGCAGAGACAUCAAUUUGUCAUCGACUAUAUCAAGAGGACUAAACCCCAAAAGGUGUUGGAUUUGGGCUGCGGUGAGUGCAGCCUCCUAAAAAAACUCAAGUUUCACCGUGAGAUUCAGCUUCUGGUUGGAGUGGACAUCGACGGUGCAAAAGUCAAAAAACAGAUGCAUGGAUUAGCUCCUUUAUCAACCGAGUAUCUACAGCCAAGUUUUGAUCAAUUGUGUAUUGAGCUAUACCAAGGCUCAGUCACGCAAAGAGAUGCCCGCCUCAGAGGAUUUGAUCUGGUCACCAGUAUAGAGCUCAUAGAGCACCUCACCCUUGCUGAUGUGGAGCACUUUUCUGCAGUGGUGUUUGGUUACAUGACCCCUUCGGCAGUUAUUGUCAGCACCCCAAACUCCGAAUUCAACCCUCUUCUCCCUGGACUGUCAGGCUUCAGACACAGCGACCACAAGUUCGAGUGGACCAGAGCAGAAUUUCAAUCCUGGGCUCUGAAGGUGUGUUCGGAGUAUGGCUAUGACGUGGAGUUUACAGGUGUUGGACAGCCACCGCCCAGCCAGCAGGAGAGUGUCGGCUUCUGCUCCCAGAUCGGCGUGUUUCACCGGCUUCGUGGGAGAGACAGCGGCAGCAUGUUAUUUGGCGAUGGUGCAGAUGAUGAGUUUUCGUACACUUUGCUGUGCAGUAUAAACUACCCCAGCCUGCGUGACAACAACAUCUUGCGCAGGGUCCUGGUGAGCGAAGUGCUUUACUGUGCAGAAAAACUGAAGAGUCGGUGGAUGGAGGAGAAGACUGGCGACGGUGAGGAGGCUUCCACAAUGUGUCUGGGCGAAGGAGCAGAAUUUCUCUCAGGACAGCAUGUGGAGGAGGAACUGACAGCAUGUGGAGAAGGGAUGAAGAGUCCAGUGGAGCAGUGUGGGAGAGCUGUGUCAGAUGAUGGGGAAGGAGAGUAUGAUGAUCUCUGGACAAAAGGCCAAGAAGGAGAGACAUUUAACAGGCAUGUUUCUGUGCCUCUGGAUGAGCUGUUCUCCUGCUUCCCCAGAGUUAGUGAACUGAGUGGAAGUCUCAGUAACCUCAGACUGCUGCUGAUGGAUAGUCCUGAAGUUAAACUGAGCCAGGAUGGCUCUGCUGUGCUUAUAGCUUACCAGGAUCCAGACCGAGAAGAAGAGGAGAUUGACAACAAUAUUGAGGACAGCGGCUAUGCAGAGGCCAGCCACUGCUCCUACACUACUGAGCAAGAGGAAGACUGGGAGGAAAAUGUUUGACAUGGAGGAAGCAGAUUUGCUGUCAGGACAAGCAGGUGACUUGUUUAAAUUUACCAGAGACAUCAUUAGAAAAACAAAGUUUCCUUUAGCUACAGCCUAACAAUAAAGGUUGCACUAACAAAAACUGUAUGAAACAAAUGUCUGCAGGCAGGUCAGUGAGAAUA